ACUCUCGGGCUGUAGACUCGACACUCCAGACGCUAUUUGAACUCCAAACGAGACGGACGUGCGAGCAGAUGCUGGCGGGGAUUGGUUCGGUUUCGAGGCCCGCUUAAAUUUAGUGUACCGUUUUUUUCGAGUAAACGCUUUUGAGAAUUUGUUAACACACGACGGCGUGCUGGCCAAAAUUGUCUAUUCCGGGUUCUAUUUCGGCGGCCAUCUACCUGAAAAGUUUAAAACAAACAAAACCGCAAAGGCAACAGGUAGAGGAAAUCGAAAGGGGAGGCCGACUGAUCGGAUGUGAGAGUGCCUGUGUCUGUGUGUGCGAAAUAUGGAAAUUGAAAAUGCAAUUUAUCGCAAAUUAAUGCCAAUUCCGAGUUAGUUGUUAGCCAUAGAAAUCGCUCAUUGGUUAAGUGUAAAGAGAAAAGUGUCGUGUGCUUGAUUUUCUACUCACUUUGGCCAUUGUUUUCAUCGCUAUUGCAGUUGUUUUUGUUAUUGUUGUUGUCAACGCGGAAGCCAAAAGUCUGGCAUGAAAAAUAUAUAUAUAUAUUUCUGAUUUCGCAACAAAAACAACAAUAGGCAAUUCCAAAGCAAAGUGCUGAAAUAGUCAGUUUACAAUUGGAGCUGCGGCGAGAAGUUAAAAAUAAACAAUUUGGUCGAAAUCCGUAGGAAAAGUGGAUGGAAAAGAGUCUCAGAAAUAUAAUAAUAAACUAGGGACUGAAAACUGUUGGAAAUUGCGAAAAAUAACAAAAAAUGAGAAAACAACUUAGCAGACAGCAAUAACUAAAGCGAACGAAAAGUGGAACUGCUAUUUUUGAGCCAAGUCGAACGUGGAAUUGACUUGACCCACAGAAGAGGCGCACAGCGAGAAAGAGACAGCCCGAUACCAGCUGAAAGAGAAGGCACCAUCACUCACAAUGCGUGCGGAUAGCUGGCUCUGUGGUGGCUUAAUGCUCGCCCUGGCCGUAAUGCUAACGCAGGCACGUUUCAUUGCGAAAAGAGAAACCGCCGGCUUAGAGCAGGCGGUGGCUUCCACUUCCACUGACCCUGACAUUGUUAGACCAGAAGGGGAAAGUGGGAGUGCCACAGAGGUCCAGGAAGUGGCGACAAAGUCCAGACUGAAAGAUGAGGGUGGAGGUAGCAAGGCGGAGAAUCAAGGGAACAUUCCUGAACAAGAUCAGAACUCUGAGAAGGAUACAGAAACCACCCACUCUUUAACUGCUGUUAAAAUAGAUUCCGGUAAAGAAGCUACUAGGGGCAUAGAGCCUAUUAAUAAAGACUCUAAGGUAAAGCCCCAAUCAACCACAGUAGGAUCUAUAGAAGCGGCGACCAGCAAUCCUUUGAAACCAGUUACCCUCGGACUAGAUGGGGAGAAGCCAGCUCCGAAUGCUCCUUCAAAUAAUGGGACCAAAGAAGCUUUGGAAAAGGACACUCAAGAGACGCUUCAACCCACAUCAACACCUUUGCGGGAAAGCACCGGAAAUCCUUUGAAACCUGCGACUCUGGGACUUGAUGAGGAAAAGAAACCUAAGCCUGUGACGGGGAUCAGUGACAAAAUCGAUCUAAGCAGCACCACCGAAACUCUCCCAUUGACUUCUUCUACGCUUGGUCUUACCAGCACCACCGAGGCAGUUCGAUCCACAACUCGAUCUUUGGAUCAUGCACGUUCCAUGCAAUACUCCUCCACCACCGAGGAAUCCAUUCAAAUCCUUUCGCCAGUGACGCCAAUGAAAUUGAGGGCCUUGCCGAUGACCUCGACGACUCCCGUGAUCACCACAUCAACAACUAGAAAGACAACUGCUGACUCCGGCACCACGCCCACCUCCUUUGCCUCCAAUGAGAAUGCUAUUGAGGAGUCUACUGUUCGACAGUUGCCGGAGAAGCGGGGCAAGUUCAUCAGCGAAAACUCCACAAAUGUCCAGCAACUUACGUUGCCGAAUACGGCGGAAGCGUGGGGUCUGGCCGCAAUGAAGUCGCUACCAAAGGGUCCAGUUACCACCUCGACCACCUCGACCACCACAUCCCCCACAGUGCUACCGAUUUUCAAUCAAACCGAUCUGGCCAAUGACAUCGAGUUGCCUCAGAACCGGACGGAGCAGCAGAAGGAGAAGAACCUACUCGACUGGCAUAAGAUAGCAAUGAUGCAGUCCUCUCCGGACAACCGCACCGAGUUUGUGGUCAGGACUACUCUGGAUGCCACUGAAGGUGCCACCCAGGCCACCACCGAAGCUCUGGAGGAGGAGGGUAUCACUAAAGGUGGGGAAGUAAUCAGUUUGGAUGAAAAGCCAGAGAGAUCUGAGGCCAAUUCGGAUGCAGUGACAUCGACUACCCCUCGAUCGGAGCUAUUGGAUGUUCCUUUGGUGAAAAAAAUGGCCGAGGCAGCUAAGGCCAAGUUAACAGAGGCCAUAACAGAGGCUCAAACGGAGGUGCAGUCCAUAACAGAGGCCAAUAAAGCGCUCUCAGUUUCCACAGAGCAGCCGAUAGCAGCUCUGAACACAACAGUGGCUGUAACAGCGAGGGUGGCUUUAGAAAAAGCUGAGCUUCCCAGGGAGCUAAACACAACAGAGGCUGUAACAGCGAUGGUGGCUCUAGGAAAAGCAGAGCUCACAACAACAACAACCACAACAGAAGCAACAUCAACCACUAAAUAUGUAGCGGCUGAAAGUGCAACUGCAGAAGUUGCAACAUCCGAAGUAGCAACACCCGAAGCAGCAACAUCUGAAGCUACAACAGCAACAGCCGAAAUCCAUACAAGUUCCACCCCCACCAGUACAACUGAAAUGGCAAUGAAAGCGGCUCAUGACUACAAAAAUAACGACAACAGCGCCGAUUUUGAUAAUAGCAGUAACGACGUCAUCGUCGCAACCACCAAGCAGCCGGAGCAGAGAGAGCAGCUCCCAGUGGCGACAACAGCAAAAUCGGUUAGUGUUCAAGUGGCUGGCGAGGCGAGCAGCUCGACAACGAAUCGGCCGGAUACAGACCUACAAGAUACAGGUGUGCGUGAAGCAAGUACUAUCGCGAGUACAACGACGCCUGUGGCAACGGCAACGGCAACAGCAACAGCAACGCCACCGCCAACGCAAACGGAAAUUGCGCAAAUUAGCAAUGAAGUGAAUUCGGAGGCAGUGACAGUGAAGAGUGCUCGUGACAGAGAAGAAGAUACUGGCGACAAAUCGGGUUUGAGUAACGCCAAUGAGCUAAUAACAGCUGAGAAAACCGAUAACGCGGUCAAUAACAGUGUGGCCACAACAGAGAGCCAGCGGCAGGCAGCAACAUCAGAGGCAACACCAGCAACAUCUACCACAACAACCACAACUGAGGGUGGCUCGACCCUGCUGAGUGACUUUAACAAGCUUAGUAAGGAGCACGAAUCAUCGCUGGAGACCAAUAACAUCGGAGAGUCACCCGAAUCGACGACAGCAACACCAACAGGAGCAGCAGGAGGGGGUGUUGCAACGGAUGAGAGCACAGCUGGCAAGGCAACAGGUGGCCAGGAAAGCGAAAAGGAGCUGCACCAUCAUGAGGCUGAACAGGUGGUUGAAGAGCAGGAUACAGAACGACAGUUAGCCAAGACAACGAUGGCUGUGGCAACAACAACAUCUACAACAACAACUGCAAGUACUACAAGUACCACAACUACAACAACAAGCACUACAACCACAACCACAGAGACUCCCACAACGACAACAACAAUGCAACCGCCUCUGAUAAGUCUCCUGGAUGAUACAACUACUCCGAAAGCCACCACUCCAUCAGUCGAACCUGCCACAGAGGACUAUAUUGAUUCCUCGACAGCUGAAAUACCUAUAAUUCCCAUCAGCAGCAGCAGCAGUAGCAGUAGCACCACCAGUAGCACCACCAUGCUGCCAGAGACGAGCAUCACCACUCCUUCACCCACACUGCCGCCCAGCUUUGCGGCCCCCUUUCCCAAUGAACUAGACCACAUACCGUCCAAUGCCCAGGGCAACGGCACGGACGUCAACGUAAUCAUAGCCAUCACAGUGAGUGUCAUCGGCGUGGUGGCCCUCAUCCUCCUGGUGGCGUUCCUCUAUCUGAUGCGCAAGCGCCAGAAGCAAAUGUCCUACGGCCAGAGGUGCCGGCCAGUCAGCCUGGAUGCCUACUCCCUGGACAAUGUCUCGGUGCUGGGCAGUGUGCGUCGCAAGGGUCGAGAUGUGAGGGCCUCCAAACGGACCUACGGCAAUGCCGCUUUCGACGAUCCCUCCCUGCGUCAUAAUCUCUUGACCGCCGGGGAACUGGCUCGCUUCGUGGAGCAACGCUCGGAUGUUUUCGAGGAAUUCCGGGACGUGCCACAGAUCAUAGCCAGAGCGGAUGAAGUCCCACCCGGCUGUGAAGAUAAGAACCGCUACGCCAACGUGAUUCCGCUUCCUGAGACGCGUGUGGUUCUCCAGAGACAGGGGGACGACGACAAAACGGAAUACAUUAAUGCCAAUUAUGUGCGGGGUCCCCGGGAUGCCCCCAACUACUACAUAGCCUGCCAGGCGCCGCUGGAAUCCACCACUAGCGAUUUCUGGCGCAUGAUCUGGGAGCAGCAGUCGCGAGUGAUCAUCCAGGCAACAGAUCUCAGUGAGAACGGCAUCGAGAAGUGCGCCGAAUACCUACCGCCAUCGGCGACUCUGGACAACCACAGUAGCUAUGGGGAUUACCAGGUAACACUGAAGCACCGCGAGGUGAAGGACAAAUAUGCCAUCUCCACACUGAUGCUCAAGCGGGUGGAUGGUGAGGAGAGCCGGGAGCUCACCCACUACUGGUACAAGUGGCCCGAGACGGGAGUGCCGGCCGAGGAGGCGCCCAUCAUCGCCAUGUUGCUGGAGGCACGAUCCUCGCUCAAGUCCUACUGCCUGGAGCAGGCGAACGAGCUGCGCGGCAAGUCAGCAACUCUGGAGACAUCGAUGGAUGCUGAGAGUGGCACAAAGACGGAGGCGAGCAGCACGUCGAGCAAUGAGAUAAAUGGAAAUAUUUCCAGCAGGAGUGCGGCUCGGAACCAACAAGGACCGCUAACCGUUCACUGUUCUCCAGGCACGGGACGCACUGGCACCAUCAUCGCCUCCGAUAUGGCCAUUCGCAGCCUGGAGACCCCCAAGCGGUCCGUGGAUAUUCCCCAGCUAGUCUACUACGUGCGACGGGGGCGGGCCAGCGCGGUGCAGACCAAGGAGCAGUAUGAAUUUAUCUACAAAGUAGCCAGCAUGUACGCUGCCAAGAUCACAAAUUUGUCCAAUGACAACUAAAGUCCCCAUCGAGUAGAAACCGAAUUUUUGAUAGAGUUCACAUUUCCAGUACAGACAUUUGUGGUCCGUGUCGGUUAUCAAUAGUAUCUGUAUUUUAUACGAAAUAGUAGCAUAACGUAGUAUUACGCUUGAAUGUUGGCACCUGAUUUAUCAUUGUUAUUUCUCGGGCUUUAAAUAUCAUUUAAAUGUAUGUAUUCCUUUAUUAUUGUGAUAUAAUCGUACAUUCGUAUAUCUCUUGAUAAUCUGUUGCAUAUUUAUAAUGUCAAUUUUUUGUUUUUGCACCAUUUUCGGAGCCAUACUAUCCGAAACAAAUGAUAUAUAAUAUAUUUGGAGCUCUCGGUAUGUUAGGCAAGUCAAAUAUGUAAUCAAAUUUUGUAUGUAUCUAUUUUAAAUGAGCUUUAAAGUACGUAAGUUAUUUAUAAGUUUACAUCAAGCUGUACUGUACUCAUAUUAUUGUGAAUUACAAGAAAAAAAUAUCUAUUUAGCAA